GUCAUUUCUGCCUUUGACCACAAAUCAGCUUCGUCAGGUUACUAGUUGAAGGGUGAAGGGUGUGUGUGAAGUGAAGCCUCUCCCGGGCCUUCUUCUUCUUCAUCGUCUGUACCGCCAUCCACCUUCUCGCACAUCUCUCACAUCGACGACCGUUCAGAUCGGAGACUUGGACCCGAGUUCGAACCACCGGAAGGAAGAUUCACCGACCAAACGUUCCGGGGGCCAAGACCAAGAUCGGGACGGAUGGAUCCGACCACCCUCGUCACCUUCUUGUUCAGAGCUCCUCCCGCCGUGCACACGGUGGAAUUGCUGGGCUCAUGGGACAACUUUCGCCGUCCCUAUCGCAUGCACCAUGAUCGUCUUCGCGGCGCCACCUUCUAUACCGGCUGCUUCAAAUUUGAAAACAUCAUCUUCGACGGCGGCGAGAGAGGCGGCGGUCUCCCUCGCACCGGAGGCUUGAAGCAGGGCGGCACCUACUGGUACUACUAUCGUCUGAAUUAUGACUGUGAUGCCUACGACCAUGGCCAACCCCAUACCACCGCCUGUCCCAUCAUGCCGGGCCAGCCUCUCAAUGUCAUCGAAGUUCCCACCGAAAUUAUCGACAUUCCCACGCGCUGUCAGAGCGCCUAUGGCAGUGACAUGAUGCGCACGAGUCUUGUCCAUACCACUGCGCAAACCACAACCGCCGCCACCACUCUGGACCCUGCCGAACGAUAUGCCCCUGUGGAGGCCCCUCCCAAAUCAAAGGUGCAUUCGCGAUGUCUUUCCGACGAUCAAUUAGCCGGUCGACUGGAAGGCAUUGACCGCCCGCUCUCCGCUCCACCGGCAACUGCAUCGCGACAAGUCCGCCCUGUUUCACCCUUUAGUCGACGCUCGCUGCAUUCCCUACGAGUGCCGUCUGCACGCUCUGUGGUGAGCUCCAUCUACUCGCAGCGUAGUCCGAGAGGGACUCCUGGAACUGGUAUUGAUUCCGAAUUGCCGGAUUCGGAAGAAGCGAUGGACGCAAUGAACCAAGUCGAUCAUCCGAUGGACACGCGCAGCCUGGCCAGUAGCUCUCAUCGACGUCAAUCGACACUCACCUGCGGAUCAGCCUCUAUACACAAUGUCCACUCCUAUACGAUUUCCGAUGGGAAUCACCAUGUGUACCAACCACAGGUAUACUCCCCAUCGCCAUCACACUCCAGCGACGACAGUCCCGUGCCUUCGCCUUUUGCUCUCGAAUUCCCCAUGCUCCCGAAACACGAAUAUCUCGAUUGUAUACCGGACUUUGGCGAACACCCAGACACGCUCAGCGACGGUCUCGCCGCCCUCGAGCUGUCGUCACCGACAUUCACCGCGACCACCGUCAGCAGCACCGGCGGCAACAACACUCCAUUCCGACUAUCUGCACGACUAUCAUGUGAAGAGUCCCUUCUGAAGGAGGGCGUUCCCAACACAACAUCCUCGCGAAAUCAUCAUCACCCGUCCUGGGAACUCCACUACUCCCUUCCCAACAUUUCCUCCGACAGUAACCACUCUCUCGCCAAAACCAUUACAUCAACGAGAACAACCACCACCACCACCAAAAUUUCUCUUCGCGAGGAACGUCCAUCGUCAUUAUCAUCAUCCUCACCUCCCCUUCCCUCCAUUAUCCAAGAGGAAGAAGGGUCCAUGAUGGAUGCCAUUUUUAGUGAAUUAAAGUGUUUGUAAGUGGGACGAUUAUUGAAUGAAGGAAGAGACAAGAGGCAAGAGAAAGACGCGAAAGACGAAAGACUACUGUACGAUUACUUGUUAUUACUACUAUUUACCCUACUGUACUAUGGAAUGAUGAGGAUGAUAUGUGUUUACUUUUGAGAGCAGAGCAGAGCAUAGCAUAGCGAGGUAUAACAUAGCGAGGUAUGACAUAGCGGGAGUAUAGCGUAACAUAGCAGGGCAGGGCAUAGCGGGAUAUCACAUGGCGGAGUAUAGUAUAUAUAACAUGACAUAGCUGGGAGUCCGGGACAGGGCAGGACAGGGCAGGACAAGACAGGAAGUCAUUUCUUUGGUAAAUCAAACAAAC